GACAAAACAUAUUCUCCAAGUCCCAAACGGACACACAUUACUUACUCAUACUGUCUCAUUCUCAUACCAAGUCCCAGCCUCAGACAUCAUCAAUGGCCGAAGAAACAAAGAGGUUUGCAGUUGUUACAGGAGCAAAUAAGGGGAUUGGAUUUGAAACAGUUAGACAGUUGGCUUCGAAUGGGUUCGUAGUGGUGCUAACAGGAAGAGAUGAGAAGAAGGGUCUUGAAGCUCUUGGGAAACUGAAAGACUCUGCUCUCUCUGAUAAUGUGCUUUUUCAUCAGCUUGAUGUGGCUGACCCUGCCUCCAUUACUUCUUUGGCAGAUUUCAUCAAAACCCAGUUCGGGAAACUUGAUAUCUUGGUGAACAAUGCAGGGAUUGGUGGAGUCAAAUUCGAUUCUGAUGGUGGGGAAGGAGAUGGAAUUGUUCAGCCUAAACUGAUUCAAACUUAUGAAUUAGCAGAAGAAUGCUUGAAAACUAACUACUAUGGAGCUAAAAGAACGGCUGAAGCACUCAUUCCUCUCCUCCAAUUGUCAAAUUCACCACGGAUUGUUAAUGUUUCAUCCUCCAUGGGUCAGCUAAAGAACAUCCCAAAUGAAUGGGCUAAAAGAGUGCUAUGUGAUGAUGAAAACCUUACAGAAGAGAAAGUGGAUGAAGUAUUAGAGGAAUUUCUAAAGGAUUACAAAGAAGGUUCACUGGAAGCCAAAGGCUGGCCUACUUUUCUUUCUGCCUAUACAGUCUCAAAAGCAGCCAUGAAUGCCUACACAAGAAUUAUAGCCAAAAAGUACCCUAGCUUCUGCAUCAAUUGUGUCUGCCCUGGCUUUGUCAAAACAGAUAUAAAUCGCAACACUGGCAUCUUACCUGUUGAAGAAGGUGCUGCAAGUCCUGUGAGGUUAGCACUGCUGCCUGAUGGCAGUCCUUCUGGCCUUUUUUUUGUUCAGCAAGAAGUGUCUCCUUUUUGAUCGAAGACAACCCAUUUAUUUGGAUGGAUUAUAAAACCACAUGGAUUGUAAGUUUUGAAUUUAAGUCUGUUUUCUCUAAUUUACGUAAGACCUUGAUGGUGAACUUAAUAACACCAAUUUGGGAUUUUAAUGCCAUAGUAUAAGCUAGUAACUUUUUAUGUCAUGUGAAAUAUAUGGUUUGCACAAUGCAAUCUAACUAA